UAUGCUAGGUGAAUGACCUAUUAUUCUAGCCAACAAAACCGUCGAAACAUCACCUACAUUAGUGUGACAGCAGCGGUUGUUUUCAACCUAUCAUCUGGAGGAAAAAGCUUGCCGGCGCUGUGGAACCUGGCACUCAAUCAUCUCCGAUGCUACCAACACAUUCCAAAACCAGAUUCUCAUAGGCUCAAGCGACGCGUCAAGUACAUACAAGGGCUACAAGAAUCCUCCAUGACCAAUUUCAAUACAUAAAACAUCAAGUCACUGCACCAUAUUUCCAUAUCCGGUUACCGACGGUGGUGGAGCUGCCGGCGGGGAUGACGGGCGAGCAGCGCGCGGCGUUCGAGUAUCUGGCGGUCAGCCACAGGUUCGACAACGAGGGGUUGCGCGACCAGGUCCCGUACUGGAGUGUCUGGUACCUGACGCCGCGGGUGUUCGAGAAGGAGGAGAGGGAUCGGACGAUGGCGGCGCGGGCACUCGAGACGCAAAAGAGCUCGUCUGCGUCGUCAGCGUCAGCGUCAUCCUCAUCACUAGCGGAAGCAGCAGCAGUGCAUGUCGACUUUCGGACAGAAGGACACAAAAGAGAGAUUGUGGUGGCGCACCGGGAUCCCGAUCUGUAUCGCUCCAGGCUCUGGCCGUUGACGUGCCUCUUCGGGAUGUCGUUUGGGGCGCUGCACCUGCUGUCGUGGAAUGAUGUCUUCCCCACCACGGUGGAGUUGCGGCUGUGGCGUAUCGCGGCCUUCGUGUCCAUGGGGUCGAUGCUGGUGUUCAUGCACUUCGAGAAAGUGGUGCUUCGAUGGGAGGGGAUGGUGACUAUCGUGAGCCUGUCUUCGCCGGCGGUCUAUCUCCUGAGUCGGAUGGUGAUGAUGGGGGAAGUGUUUGCGGCACUGAGGGCGGAGGAGCCGGCGAUCUACGAUACUUACGAGGUUUCCUCCUACUGGGUCCAUUUGUUAUGAACGGCACAGCUGCGUAGAGAAUCAAAGAUGUGAAAAUUGCAACUUGAUAAGACCCAACACAAACUAUGCCCUAGACCUACUCUGGAUUGUUCUUUUUCAACU